GAUGGUGGAAGUUAUGAGGAUAUGCCUGGAAAUUAUCCCACUUUCAGGACACAGGGCAGCAAACAGCUCUUCGUCUUCCGGUUCCCCAAAUUCAAUAAUUCCGUGCUAUACGACCCCAUCAUAUACUAAAAACUUGCAUGUCAGAAUUGCCAUACUUCAAACUGCUAUAGUGUACCAGGCCCCGAUAGUGACCAUAGUAUACAUCAUACGCCGUAUUGCAAGUAUACACUGUCGAGGUCGAUAUCCAAAAUUGAUGGAACCAUUAGAAGAGCCGUCUAUGGGCUUCAACCCUUUCCUGUUGGAAAUGAGCAGAGUUUAGGAGUAUCCAGAAAAUUUUGAUCUGGAAUUCCAAUUCAACUUGAACAGGUCUGGACACAUACAUAUGAAAUUAAAAAAAAUAGUGUAAUUCAUUGUCUCUGGUAUUAGACGUGCCUUUAGUGUUAAUUUAAACCAAUGCAUCACUCUUACUUUGCAUUGGAACAAAAUUCAUUUAAAUCUUGUGAAAGAGAACAUCAGUUGCAAUUGAUGCCCCCCCCUUUUUUUUUUAAUUCAACAUGUGACAGUGCCUGUUAUGCGAAAACUAGCAUAUCAAAGACAAAAAAAUUGUUGAAAUUGUACUUGCGGGAUGAUAUUUAACCAUGUAUAGUUUACUUCUUAUAUGUGCAUAAGUGAUUUUUAAUGGUUUUGUCUUUAACAUGUAUCGCGGAAAUGUCAACCGUGUUGUUUCGGGAAUUAGAAUAUAGAAAUAGAGUUAUCGGACUUGCAAUGUAAUUUUGAGAAGAACCGCGCAAACCCGCAUGGCCGCAUUGAUCAUGGAUCCCAUAGACAAAGUUUGUAGUACAGUUAAUGAUUCUACAACAACCCAGCAGCUUGUAGAAGUUCUGCAAAAUGCAAAUCAAUUUGCCAUUGCAACAGCAGUUGGAGGUUUGUAUUAGCACAUCCCGCUGUAAAGUAAAAUUUAAAUCUGAUGCAGUCAUUAUGAACCUUUUUGUGUGGAUUUUGUCGGCAAGUCAAUUUGCAGAAAUAAAAAUUAAUUUUGUAAAAUAGAAUUUAUGGCUGAUUAAUUAUAUCAAUCUAUUAUGAAAAUGAAAAGAUUAUUUGGGGUUAGUGUCAGAGAGACAGCACUCCAUCCAUGAGAAAAACAGAGGGAAUUAUAAAAUUUAGAUGUCUCCAAAAAAUCCGUCACAUAAGAUGGAAGUGGAAUAAAAGAAGCACAACAAACACAGGACAUGAACCUCCAAAAAAGAAAAAAGCUCCAAAGAUAUUUAAAACAGAUAUCACAGAAGACAUUGCUCAAGGGGAUAUGACAGAAAAUGAGGCAGUUGAAGCUAUGAAGCAAGAACUAGAGAAACCAAAAAAGGAACAGAAUAAGGCCUUGAUUUUAAAGGUUCAAAGGCGUACAUUCAACAAAAGGAGGCAAUUUCUGCCUUCUGUGCGGGACGGUGAUCUACAGUGUAUCGUGCAGAAAUACCCAGUACUGUCAUAUCCAGAAUUUAUACAUAAAGAAUUUGAGAUCUUAAAACCAGAACUUAAGAAGGAAGUGCUUACUGACAGGUGGACAGAUAUGCUUAGGAUUCUUGAUGAAAUCCUCAACACAGAUCAGGAAAGUGACAUUGAGGACGAUGAUGUAAAUAAGGAUGGGGAUAUGGCAAUCUUGACAGUUCUGAAGGCAGUGGAGGUACAAAUUCAGUACAAAACAAAAAAGGAAGCUGAUUUGAUCUCUUUGGUUAAUGUCAAAAACCCAGUGCUGACCACAAAAGCCUCAAGUCCUCCAAGGGCAGUGAUCCUGCAGAAUGAGGAUGGCACAGUCAACAGUUGCUAUGUUGUUGGUGACAAACUUGAGUUUAGAGUCGGGAAAGACAUUAAAGAAUUAUUACAGUUUCUGUUAAUGAUUUACUAUGUUUUUGAUAUGAACUAUCCAAAGUGUUACCAACUAUUGGGCUUCCUGCAAGUUGCCCUAUUUCGGGAUAGUGCCCCUUUUUUCAGGUGCUCUAGAUUUAGCAAGUUUGAAAAAGAAUAUGUAGACAAAAGAGAUUCAGCAAAUGUUUAAUUAAUUUACACAGUAAUGAAGAUCUGUAUUGGCCACUCUAGAUCAAUUCCUAGGUAAUCAGAUUUCCCGCUUGUUUGAAUUUGCCAAGAAUUUUUUUUCUCCCGCGUCAGGUCUGGUGUCUCCUGGUUUUUUGGAAGCAGUUGUGUUUUCGAAAUGAAUUUGGCAUUCAGAUGAAUAAUAUUGAUUCAUUUUCAUUUCAUAAGUUUCAAAUAUGUAUUUUAUAUUACUAUUAUUACUUUUUUAUGGAAAUUACUCUCAUUGUUAAACUAAUAAUCCAACAUAUGGUUGAAUUCUUUGAUUCAACAAACAAGAAAUUAAUUUGGAGUGGCCUUACCUUUAUAUUUUGAUUUAAAUUACAAGACAUUGUUCAAUUUUUGCCACUUUUUCCUAGCUGUUUUAUAUGUCAAUUUUGUUUAUCUGCCACAUUUGAAUCUCAUAUGAUUUGUAAGUUUGUUGUAAUGAUUAGAGUAGUAUCAUUAGGAUAACAGAGGUUAGUGUAUUAUUUUUUUUUUAUAUAGCAUUAAGAAUUUAAGAGAAAACUAGGGGCUUAUGGUUUACCGGUACUCAGUUUUAGUAAAUGUAUGGAUAUUUCUUAUUUUGACAAUAAUUUUAAACAAAAAAUUCAUAAAAAUGCUUGUGAAAUUAUGUGAAUCAUUGUUCAAUUAUCUCUCUGAAAAUUUCAGUUGAAAAAGAUAGAAAUGUUUAUGUUACACUAUACCCCUUUAUGUUUGUUGUCCAUAUUUUUUGUAUACAAAUCAUGCAUGUCAGACAGCCAUGUGACCUUUGUAAUGGUUUUUUUGUAUGAUGUUGAAUUUACAUAUUCUGUAUGUUGUAUCAUGUUUGAGAUAUUCAUAUUUUUUAGUUUUAUGUAGUGAGAAUUUUAUUUUAUCUUUUUUCAUAACUGUUUGCAAAUGUGUCUUGCAAACACACAUGUAUGUACACUGUUUGAAUAAUGAAAUUCUUUGUGCAUUUCUUAUCUGCUUUUGUAGAGAAACUUUUUGAAAAAGAUUUGGAAAUUUCAUUGUAAUGCUAUUUGAUGUGGCAUUUAUUUUGAUAAUUGUAUCAAACAAAAAAUUAAAAUGCAUUUGGACCAGUGAAAAUAGCAUACAAAUUUAACAUCCAAUUUUUUAUAGGUUUUUAGCUCACCGGAGCUGAAAGCUCAAGUGGGCUUUUCUGAUCACCCGUAUUCCGGCGUCCGUCCGUCUGUAAACUUUUCACAUUUUCAACUUCUUCUCAACAACCACUGGGCCAAUUUCAACCAAAGUUGGCACAAAACAUCCUUAGGUAAAGGGAAUUCUAAAUUGUUGAAAUAAAGGGCCAGUCCACCUUCCAAGGGGAGAUAAUCAAGAAAAAGGUAAAAAUAGGGUAGGGUCAUUAAAAAAUCUUCUUCUCAAGAACCACUGGGCCAGAAAAGAUGAAAUUUAUAGAUAAGCUUUAUUAGGUAGUGCAGAUUCUAAAUUGUUAAAAUCAUGGCCCCCAGGGGUCGGAUGGGGCCACAAUAGGGGAUCAAAGUUUUACAUACAAAUAUAUAGGAAAAAUCUUCUUUUCAAGAACCAUUGGGCCAAAGAAGUUCACAUUUACAUGAAAGCUUUCUGACAUAGUGUAGAUUCAAGUUUGCAAAAACCAUGGCCUCCAGGGGUAGGUUUGGGGCCAUAAUAGGGACUACGGUUUUACAUGCAAAUAGAUAUGGAAAAUCUUCUGAUAUGGACCAAGGUGACUCAGGUGAGCGAUGUGGCCCAUGGGCCUCUUGUUUCCUUUUGAAUUUGAAAUCAUACUUUACUUUUUCAUAAGUAAGCAUGUGUGAUAACAGAAUAGUUUUUGUGGCAGUGUCUGGUUGUUUUGGGGAAAUAUCUGAAACUCAAAAUACAUUUGUAUUGCAAAAUUAAUGUUUUAGCAAAAACAUAUGACUAGUUGCAGUUUUUUUUUUACAUUUUGGACCUUGAACACUGCAUGCCUGUAUAUAGUUCAUAUCUAUAAUCUGUUAAUGUCUGUUGAUGUUUUUCAUGAUAUUUUGACCAUUGAAAAAUUCUGAAGAAACUAAAUCAAAAUUAAGAUAAUUAAGAUUUAUAUAAACAUAUAUAAUGUUUAUUGUUUGGUAGUGCCUUUUUGGCGGGUGUACAGUACAUUGCAUUAUGACAUUAUUUACACCCUUUGUGGUUAAAUUUGAUACCUUUUUUUAUGAAUAAUGAAUGAUCAAAGGAAUUAAGUUUUAUUGAACAACUAGUCGAUACAUAGAAAAAUCUGUUAUUAUUGUUAAAAAGAGAUUUGAUAUUCUUCAAAUAACUUAAAUGAUUCACUGGUUUUUUUUUAUUGCAGUAGACCAGUUUUAUUCUAGUUUGUAGUAAACCAACAUUAAUGUACAGUGCUUAAGUUUGAAAUUUCAUUUUGAUUUUAAUGAGUCUAAAAUGAAUUUUUUAAAUUGUGUGUCAAGUAAAGUCAUAAUUUAGAUGCAUUUCUUAUGUGUAAAGAACAUCAUUAUUUUGAUCAAAUAUAAAGUUGUUUGUAUAUAUAGGGGCAAAACAGAAGUAUGUCAUAAAUAUUCUUUCAUAUAUGAAUUUAAACAUGCAUCAUUGAAAAAUAUACGGGUAGUACAUGCAUUUUGUAUUUGCGCUAUUGUUCUGUUUAUUUGAUGCCUCUUAAUAAAGUUUUUUAUAGAAUGAAA